GAUGUUCCAUCCCAAAUUUUUUAAUCUCGGGGAAUUUUUGCAAAGUAAUGUGACAUAAAACUGUGCAUGAUCUACGAGAAAACAAAAAUAAAGAAUCUCAGCCAAGCACAGCACGAAGAAACAGUGAUAUAGGGAUUUGUUUGAUCAAAAUUCAAAAUCGAAAACGGUGAUCGAUCAUGUCGUUUUCGUUCUUCAAGCCAUCACGGCCUAAAACGCCACAAGAGGUGGUGAAGGCAACCAAGGACUGCCUUAUGGCUCUUGAUACCAAGACCGUUGUCGAAGUUAAAGCCCUUGAAAAGGCACUGGAAGAAGUUGAAAAGAAUUUUGUGUCACUGAGAUGUAUGCUUGCUGGAGAUGGGGAGGUUGAACCAAACAUGGAUCAGGUUUCUCAGUUAGCGACUGAAGUUUGUAAAGAGGAUGUUCUCACCCUUCUAAUUCAUAAGUUGCCAAUACUGGGAUGGGAAGCGAGAAAGGACUUAGUCCAUUGCUGGUCCAUAUUGUUGAAGCAAAAGGUUGGCGCCACAUAUUGCUGUGUACAAUACAUUGAGAAUCAUUUUGAGUUACUGGACUUUCUUGUAGUCUGCUAUGACAACAAGGAAGUUGCCCUGAAUUCUGGAAAUAUGUUGAGGGAGUGCAUCAAAUUUCCCAGCCUUGCAAAAUACAUUAUAGAGUCUGCAAGCUUUCAGUUAUUCUUCAAAUAUGUGGAGCUACCUGUCUUUGACAUUUCUUCGGAUGCGUUUUGUACUUUUAAGGAUCUGCUUACUAAACAUGGAUCUGUGGUCUCUGAAUAUUUGACUGCCCAUUAUGAUGAGUUCUUUGAUCUUUAUGAAAAACUCCUGACAUCUUCUAAUUAUGUUACAAGGAGGCAAUCUUUGAAGCUUCUCUCGGAUUUUCUUUUGGAGCCGCCAAAUUCCCAUAUAAUGAAGCGCUACAUUUUAGAAGUUCGGUAUUUGAAAGUGAUGAUGACAUUGCUGAAGGAUUCAAGCAAAAACAUUCAAAUUUCUGCUUUCCAUAUUUUCAAGGUUUUUGUAGCUAAUCCUAACAAACCACGUGAAGUAAAAGUUAUUCUGGCAAAAAACCAUGAAAAAUUGCUGGAACUUCUUCACAAUCUCUCUGCAGGAAAAGGAGCAGACGAUGAUCAAUUCGAAGAGGAAAAGGAACUGAUCAUCAAGGAAAUCGAAAGAGUAUCCCGUCUAUCAAAUCUUAACCAAUAGGGAAGAGAGGAAAAAGAUUGAUGCAUGAUGUGGGAAGCAAUAGGAGUUGGAUGUAUAAAUGUGUGUGGCUUUGUAAUCUAAUUCUCUUUUUUAUAUAACCAAAGUGUGAUUGUGAUAUGAGAUCCCACUAUGAACAUGUGGAUCCAUUUUGAGUGUUCUGGCCCUUCCCUUGGUUGUGUCAUCCACAUGAUAAAACCCUAAGAGAGAGUACAUUUUUGCAAGGUAAAACACUGUUUUUUGCUCA